AGCCAAAAGCGGAAGGGAGAAUGAUUUUAUCAACAACUAGUUCCUCGCUGGGCGCUGUGACAUGUUCUACAAAAAUGUUUACUUUACUUCUUUUUAUUUCGCUUAUUAGUCUCCCAAUUUGUUCAUCAGCUGACAGAAAUGACGAACCCAUAAUCGGUGUUCUGGCUCAGGAGGUCUACCCCCCGAAACCGAACCAGACGUCCUACAUCGCUGCCUCCUAUGUGAAGUUUGUGGAGGCUGCUGGAGCCAGAGUUGUACCCGUCAUGAUUAACAAGACACUGGAGGAAUACAAGACUCUGUUCAGCUCUAUUAAUGGUUCGUCUCGUUUCCUGUUCCAGACGUACAACACAGACGAGGACCUGAAGAGUUUCUACAAAGUCCUGUCAACAAACACAGACGGAAACACCGAGUUUGUGUCGACGGUGGAAGCUUACCGUUUCCCCGUUUAUGGGACGCAGUGGCAUCCAGAGAAAAACGCCUUCGAGUGGUCCAGACCUUACAUUCCUCACUCUCCAUCGGCGGUCAGGACGACCUUCUACACGGCCCACUUCUUUGUGAGCGAAGCGAGGAAGAACUUUCACAGGUUUCAGUCUGAGGAGGAGGAGAGCAAAGCGCUGAUAUACAACUAUAAUCCUGUUUACACUGGAAACGCCUUCGAGCAAAUUUAUUUCUUCUGAGAUUCCUCUUCACAAAGCUGUUCUGCCUUCAUAUGGACGAUAGUUUUAGUUUUCCAAUUAUCUGAAAAUGUUUUGCACUGGAAAUCGACUGAAGCUUCUUGAGUUUUUCUGUUUUAAUUUUUUUUGCUAAUUUCUUGAUGGUUUGAGACACUAAGUUGAAUUUCUCUGGCAGCUUUGACUUUAACUCCAACUGGAUCCGAGUAUUGAAUCAGAAACUGCUUAUUUAUACAAUGAAUGUAAAACAUUGAAUGUAAUAAAUAAGAUGCUGUUUAUUUUUUCUCAA